AUGGACGACAUCGAAGAACCCAACGGUCCUACCCGGGAGGAGACUGCCCUGCGAGAACAAGAAGAGAAAGAGCGCAAGGCCAAGGAAGAGGCCGAGCAGGCACUAUUACCCUACAAAUGGACACAAACAAUCGGCGAAGCAGAAGUUUCAAUCCCUGUACCAGGCACAAUCAAGGGGAGGGACCUGGAUGUAGUUCUUACAAAGACAAAGAUCAAGGUUGCUCUCAAAGGGCAGGCGCCGAUUAUCGAGGGCGACUUCCCCCACGCGAUUCACGCAGACGACUCUACAUGGAUGCUCGAAACCAUUCCCACGGGCAAACAAGUAACCAUCCACCUCGAUAAAGUCAACAAAAUGGAAUGGUGGCCGCACAUCGUGACCAGCGCACCCAAAAUCGACGUCACCAAGAUCACGCCCGAGAAUUCGUCGCUGGGUGACUUGGAUGGUGAAACGAGGGCGAUGGUGGAGAAGAUGAUGUUUGAUCAGAGACAAAAGGAGAUAGGGAAGCCGACCAGUGAUGAGCAGCGGAAGAUGGAUUUGUUCAAGAAAUUUCAGGAGGAGCAUCCAGGUUAG